GGUGUCUCCUCCGCCAUAUUGGACUCGGCCAAAACAAAAUCAGGAGCCUCUUGUCUUUUCCACGUUUUUAGCCAGUGGCUGACGGUCAGCCAUGUCACAUUUCAUCGACUCGGAGGCAGAGGAGAGUGAGGAGGAGGAAGAAGAGUAUGAAGAAAGUGAAAAGAAGAAACUGAAGAAGCUUAAGACUGCCAUAGCUGAUUCGUCGGAAGAAGAUGAUGAAGAUGAUGAAGAAAAGAUCCGAGAAGAAAACAAAGACUUUAUUAAUGACGAUGAAGAAGAGGAAGAGGAAGGGGGCUCAGGGUCGGACAGUGACAUGGAGCGUAAGAGAAAACGCCGUCACGAUUACGACGACGACGACCUGGAAGCUGACAACCUCGAUGAAGACGACCUCGACCUCAUUGAAGAGAACAUUGGUGUAAAGCUUGACAGGAAGAAAAAGUUCAAGCGUCUGAAGAGAAUCGUGGACGAGGACUCCGACGCAGAAGCAGAUGACGUCCAGGGCCAGAUAAGAAAAGAGAUCUUCGAGGGUUCUGAUGAUGAGGAAGAUGACGGGGCCUCCAUACCACACCCUCCACAGCAGCCUGAAACUUACGCCUCGGAGGAAGAAGAGGAAUUAUCUGAUGGCGAAGAGAACUUUAUUGUCGACGAUGAAGGCAAACCCAUCGCCAGGCAGAAGAGGAAGGCCGUGUUUGAGGACGAGGGACUGGAAGCCGCUCGUGAUAUCUUCGGUUGUGAUUUCGAUUAUGGGGAGUUCGAGCAAUAUGAAGGCUGGGAAGAAGGUGAGGAAGAGGAGGACGAUGAUGAUGAUUACGAGGAAGACGAAGACGGUGGAGAAGGAAAAGAACAUCGUCGUGGCCGCAAGGAACGCAGGAAACAAAUCAAGAAGUCUAUCUAUGAGGUGUUUGAACCUAGUGAGUUGGAGCGCGGGCAUCUUACAGAUCAAGAUCACGAAAUCCGCAAGUUGGAUAUUCCCGAGAGGUUCCAGCUCCGGCAGAUACCCGUGACGCGUACCCGAGGCGAGGGUGACGACCGCUCUACUGAUAAGGAGUUGGAUCACGAGGCCAAGUGGAUAUACCAUCAUGCAUUCUUCAGGCCAUUUAUAUCCAAUCAGGAGGGGCGCGAGGAGGCGCGGCAGCGUUCUCGGCGUGACGUCAACAUGAUCCAGAAGAUCUACAAUGCCCUGGACCUGAUGAGGAACUCUACAUGUGAGGUCCCAUUCAUUGCCUUUUACAGGAAGGAAGAGGUCCAGCCUGAACUGAAUAUUCAUGAUUUAUGGAAAGUCUAUCACUGGGAUGAGAAGUGGUGUCAACUGAAGCACCGUAAAGAAAACUUGCGGGCCAGAUUCCAGAUGAUGGGAGAAUUCCAGGGAGACCUUAUCAUGAAGGACCUAGAUGCUCCACUUCCAGAAAAUAUGCGCAUGCUUAAGGAAGAAGACAUUGAAAGGAUUGAAGAGAUCGAGACUUCAGAACAAUUCAACGAUUACUACAAGUUCUUCCUGCUGUACUAUGGCAAAGAACAGCCAUCGAUGAGAGAGCACAUGAAGGCCAAGCGCAAGGAGCACAGGACCAUAACAAAAGUCACCAGCGUUGUUAAGGUCAUGAGAAAGGUUAUGAGAAAGAAGAAAAAGAAGAAGAAGAAUCAUCUCGUCAUCGAGGACGACGACGAGGACGAAGACAGGCCCAAGGAUAACGAGACGGAGAAAGACAAGGACGAUGAAUCGGUGAAGGACGCGGAUAGUGUGAUAGAGAAAGACAAAAAGGGCGACGCUGAGAAAGACAAACAGGUGGACGCUGAGAAAGACAAGGAUGGCGACGAUAGUGACAUGGAUGAUGUUACUGAUAUAGGCAUGGAUGUUGAUGAUGGUGAGAAGGACAAGAGUGAUGAAGAGAAGGAGAAGAGUGAUGAAGAGAAGGAGAAGAGUGAUGAUGAGAAGGAGAAGAGUGAUGAUGAGAAGGAGAAGAGUGAUGAUGAGAAGGAGAAGAGUGAUGAUGAGAAGGAGAAGAGUGAUGAUGGUGCUGAGAAGAAGAGUGAUGAUGGUGCUGAGAAGGAGAAGAGUGAUGUUGGCGCUGAGAAGGAGAAGAGUGAUGAUGAAGGAGAAGAAAAGGACAAGAGUGAUGAUGAUGAGAAGGAGAAGACUAAGGAAAGUGCUAAGAAAGGUAAAGAGGUUGAAGAGAUGGGUAUGGAAAUAGAAAAAGAUAGAGAGGAAGGACAGAAAGACAAAGAGGAUAAGGAAGAAGAGAAAGAGAAAGCAAGGAGUGAUGACGAUGACGACGACGAUGAUGAUGAUGAGGAAGAGGUAGAGACAGAAGUGGAAACAGAGAUAGAGGAAGAGGUAGAAGAAGAGAAUAAGGUACCUGAAGAAGACGCAGAGGCCUUGAAGAAAGCUGUACGGAGGCACGAGUACGAACUGCUGAGGAGAGCUGGCAUUGAGUCACUCACAAAGAAGUUUGGUCUGACACCUGAGCAGUUUGGUGAGAAUUUGAGGGAUAACUAUCAGAGGUUUGACGUUGAGCAGUGCCCAGAGGACCCAAUGAAGGAGGCUGAGGAGUUCCAAUCUAAAAUGUGCAGCACCCCAGAGCGUGUACUUGAAGCAGCUGUGAGAAUGGUUGGUUGGCAGUUAGCCUGCGAACCUCUGGUACGCCGUACAGUUCGUGAGGCGUACUUUGAACGUGCUAGAAUCGGUGCCAGGCCCACACCACAGGGCGUGAAGAUCAUUGAUGAACAUCAUCCAAUUUAUGCCAUUAAAUACCUGAAGGAUAAGCCAGUCACAGAUCUGCAAGGCGACCAGUUCCUACGUCUCAAAUGUGGAGUUGAGGACAAGCUGAUGACAAUUAGCUUGUCUGACACCAUCGACGGGAAUACCACAAUUAGUUACCUUGAUGAGAUGAAACAGCUGUAUUAUAGGGAUGAAUUUUCACAAGUUGUUCAGGAUUGGAAUGAUUUGAGAGGCAGAGCUGUAACUUUUGCCUUCAAACGAAUUAUCGAAGAUUUAAAAAGAGAACUGUCUCAACGUUUGCUCCGGGAGGCUAAAGACCAUGUGACAGAACAGUGUUGUAGUAAGCUUUAUAACUGGAUAAAAAUUGCACCUUAUAAUCCUGGUGACUUUACUGAUGAGGAUGAGGACGACUGGGACACAAUAAAAGGUUUUAGAGUCUUUUCCAUCGCCUUUGUUCCAGACCUUUCUCAAGCUGCCUUUGGUUGUUGCAUUGACAUUGACGGUGAUUGUUGUGAGUACAUUCGACUUCCUCACUUGCUCAAACGGCGUAAUGCUUACAACGAGAGAGACGCUAUGGCCAAAGAGAACGACAUCAGACGCAUGCAGGACUUCAUCUUUCGUCGUAAACCGCACGUCAUCGCUGUCAGUGGAGAAUCUCGGGAGGCCAUCAUGGUUAAGGAGGACCUGAUCCAGAUCCUCAAAGAUCUGGAAGAACAGGAACAGUUCCCCAAAAUUAAUGUAGAAAUAAUUGAUAAUGACCUUGCUCAUAUUUACUCCAUGUCCAAGAAGGGAGAAGCAGACUUCCUAGAUUACCCUUCCCUGUUGAGACAAGCCGUGUCUCUUGGGCGCCGCGUUCAGGAUCCGCUGGUUGAAUUCUCUCAGCUGUGUAAUUCUGAUGAGGAAUUGCUCAACAUUAAAUUCCACAGUUUACAGGAUCAGUUAAAUACAACAGAGUUACUCGAUGCUCUGUAUACUGAAUUUGUUAACCGUACAAAUGAGGUUGGUGUGGAUCUUAAUCGUGCUGUAGCAUACCCUUAUACUCAGAAUUUAGUUCAAUUUGUUUGUGGUUUGGGUCCUCGAAAGGCCAAUCUCCUCAUAAAGACUAUGAAACAAAAUAAUCACCGUUUAGAAAAUAGGAAUCAAUUGGUUGUUAACUUCCACAUGGGGCCAAAAGUCUUCAUAAACUGUGCGGGCUUCAUUAAAAUUGAUACUAAUGCAUUGGGUGACAGUGACAACUACAUAGAAGUUUUGGACUCUACCAGAAUUCAUCCAGAAGCUUAUGACUGGGCCAGAAAAAUGGCUGUUGAUGCUCUGGAGUAUGAGGACGAAGAGGGCAAACCUGCAGAAGCUUUGGAAGAAAUCUUAGAAACUCCUGAAAGACUCAGUGAGCUUGAUUUGGAAGCUUUUGCAACGGAACUACAGAACCAGGGCUUUGGUAAGAAGAACACAACUUUGUAUGAUAUUAGACACGAACUCAACCAUCGAUACAAAGAUUUCAGGCUGCCAUUCAGGUCUCCCUCUCCUGAAGAAACCUUUAACAUACUCACCAAGGAGUCACCAGAGACCUUUUAUGUCGGUAAACUUGUCCAGGUUUCUGUUACUAACUUUAUUCAUCGUAAACCCCGCGGAGAUCAGCUGGAUAAUGCUAACCCAGUCAGAAAUGAAGACACUGGACUUUGGCAGUGUCCAUUUUGUCUCAAGAAUGAUUUUCCUGAGCUAAGUGAGGUGUGGAAUCAUUUUGAUGCAGGGGAUUGUCCCGGGCAAGCCAUAGGUAUUAGAGUGCGGUUGGACAAUGGAAUUUCGGGUUUCAUCAGCAUCAAGAACUUAUCAGAUAAAACUGUAACCAAUCCAGCUGAGAGAGUGAGAAGAGAUGGUCUUGUGCUCUGUCGUAUCAUGAAGAUUGAUCCUGAAAAGUUUUCUGUGGAGCUGACGUCAAGAACAUCGGACCUGCAAGACCGAGACAACAAAUGGAAAGUUCCCAAAGAUCCUUAUUAUGAUCCCGAUAGUGAGGAGAAAGACAUGAACGUAGAUAAGAAGAAGAAAGAGAAAAAGAAGACCCAGUAUCAGAAACGUGUUAUUGCACACCCCUCCUUCAGGAACAUUGAUUAUAAUGAAGCAGAAAAGGUGAUGCAGCAGCUAGAACAAGGCGAGGUGAUCAUUCGGCCCUCAAGUAAAGGUAACAAUCAUCUCACUGCCACUUGGAAGGUCACCGAUGGGAUCUGUCAGCAUAUUGAUAUACUGGAACAAGACAAACAAAAUGACUUCUCUCUCGGUCAGAAGCUCUGGAUUGGAAGUGAGGAAUUUGAAGAUUUGGAUGAAAUCAUUGCCAGAUAUGUGUCCCCCAUGGCAAGUAAUGUGCGACAAAUAUUAGAAUAUAAAUAUUUUAAGGAGUCUAUCAUGGGUAACAAGGAGAAAGCAGCUGAGUUUCUGAAGGAGGAGAAGAAGAAGAACCCUAAAACUAUCCCUUAUAUCUUUUCACCUAGAAAGGAUUUGCCUGGAAAGUUCCUCUUAUCUUAUUUACCAAGAGUGAAAGUUAUCCAUGAAUUUGUAACGAUCACUCCUGAAGGCUUCAAAUUUAGACAGAGAAUGCAGUACCCAAACCUUGCCGGACUUCUCAAAUGGUUUAAACAGAAUUUCCGUCGAGCCGUACCGAAUGUAACGCCAGGGAUGAUGUCUGCAAGAACACCCUACAUGGGUGGCACAACACCUAAUCUUAUGGGUGUUGAUGCCUCCACAAUCCAGAAGGUUGCUCAGAACCUCAAUCCACACAUGUUACAUAAUCUCUCCCAGGCUGCCACUAACACUCCUUACGGUGCCCACACUCCCGGAGCGUUCUCUCAAGGCUAUUCUAAUUAUGCCAAUACGCCUUAUACGCCAUCGGGUCAGACGCCGUUCAUGACGCCGUAUGCCACUCCUGGACCGUCGACCACGCCUCGUUACAGCGGGUCACAGACCCCAGUGUACGGCAGUAGUGGUAACAGGACGCCAUCGCACAGAUCUUCCAGUGGACACUCUGCCCAGCCCUCUCGGUCCGCGCCCCCGGUCAGUAGUCGAUCCGAGCAGAUGGAUUGGAAGAUGGCAGCGGCUGCUUGGGUCCAAGCAAAGGGUGGAAGCAGCGGACACGACAGUGGAAGGAUGACUCCGCGACACCACGACGGCGGCCGCUCCACUCCGCGGUAUUCCGACUCCCGAGACUCGAGGUACCCGUCUAGUCCCAGGUAUCCCGACGACGGGUCUCGCCGCACGCCACGAUACGACGACCGCACGCCUCGCCCCUACCACGAUUACGACAACCCCCGCACCACCCCUCGCUCGGCUCGUUCUACGCCCAAGACCAUCCACUCUCCCGCUAAUAUGAGUAUUGGCGGAGACCAAACGCCACUCUAUGACGAGUAGCAUCUUAGACACCCUUACUUGUGACUAUAGAUCCUGUCCUUACUAUAGUUUGUACUGUACAAGGCAAGAUUAGAAAUUUGUAUUUAAGGAUUAGAAAUGUAAUUUAAGUUAAUUAUUCACAUUUGUAUGGGAUUUUUACAAGGGCAGUCUUGUUGAUGUGUAAAAAGGUACAAGUAGUUAUCUGUAUUUUCAUUCAUUAUGAUUUAUUAUUGCAUGUAAACAUCAUCAUACACUUCAUAAUUUUUUUAUAUAUAAACUUAAAUUACUUUGGAUAUAUCAGUUGUCCAGUGGUGAAAGUCGCAUAGCUAUAGCCCAUUUGGGUGCUGUUUAGCCUUUGCUUCCAGAUGAGAGACUCUGUAUUACCUGUGCUCCUGUAAAACCGCUACUGUGAUCUGAGAAAUAAAGUUAAGAAAACACAA